AUGUAUGGGGAUUGCCAAGUUAUGUCAAGUAUGGGAGGGAACGUAGUAGUGAACUCAGACACUCUCUUCUCCUCCUCGAUCCAGAACUCUAACUUCAACUUCAUCCCCACCAUGCCUUUUCAACCUUUUCCUUCCAUGGUAAUUGAUGAAUCCACACAGAAGGAAGAAGAUGGGAUGCUGCGAGGGAAGGAAGAGAUGGAAAGUGGGUCAGGGAGUGAACAAAUUGAAGACAAGUCAGGGAAUGAACAAGAGAGUGAACAGCCCACAAAGAAGAAACGUUAUCACAGGCACACUGCUCGCCAGAUCCAAGAAAUGGAAGCUUUGUUCAAGGAAUGUCCUCACCCAGAUGAUAAGCAGAGGCUUAAACUGAGCCAUGAAUUGGGCCUGAAACCGCGCCAGGUUAAGUUCUGGUUCCAGAACCGUCGAACCCAGAUGAAGGCACAACAAGAUCGGGCAGAUAAUGUCAUACUUAGAGCCGAGAAUGAGUCUCUAAAGAGUGAGAACUAUCGUUUACAAGCUGCACUGCGUAACGUUAUGUGUCCCAAUUGUGGUGGCCCAUGCAUAAUGGGUGCUGAUCUGGGUUUGGAUGAACACCAACUUCGCAUUGAAAAUGCCCGGUUAAGAGAAGAGUUAGAACGCGUGUGUUGCCUCACUUCAAGGUACACUGGGCGUUCAUUACAAACAAUGGCAGGAGGUCCUACUCUCAUGGCCCCUUCAUUGGAUUUGGAUAUGAACAUAUAUCCUAGGCACUUUGGGGAUCCUAUUGCUCCUUGCACAGAAAUGAUUCCGGUGCCAAUGUUGCCUCCCGAAGCUUCACCAUUUUCUGAGGGUGGAGGAGUCUUAGUGGAAGAAGAGAAGUCUCUAGCCUUAGAGCUAGCGGCAACUUCCAUGGCUGAACUUGUGAAGAUGUGUCAGACAAACGAGCCACUUUGGAUUCGAAGCAGUGAGGGUGAAAGGGAAGUGCUAAAUUUUGAAGAGCACGCGAGGAUGUUUUCUUGGCCUCGGAAUCUCAAGCACCGAAGUGAAAUGAGGACUGAAGCUAGUCGUGACACUGCUGUGGUUAUAAUGAAUAGCGUCACUCUUGUUGAUGCUUUCCUUGAUUGUCAAAAGUGGAUGGAAUUGUUUCCUACCAUCGUGUCUAGGGCAAAAACUGUCCAAAUCAUAUCUUCUGGUGCUUCUGGCCAUGCAACCGGAACUCUUCAGCUGAUGUACGCAGAAUUUCAAGUUCUUUCUCCUUUGGUGUCCACUCGCGAGACUCAUUUUCUUCGUUAUUGUCAACAAAAUGCUGAGGAGGGAACCUGGGCCAUUGUUGAUUUUCCUGUUGACAGCUUUCAGCAAAAUUUUCACCCUUCUUAUCCAAGAUAUUGCAGGAGAUCCUCUGGGUGCGUGAUUCAAGAUAUGCCAAAUGGGUAUUCAAGGGUAACAUGGGUUGAGCAUGCAAAAGUAGAAGAGAAACCAGUGCAUCAGAUAUUCAGCAACUAUGUGUACAGUGGAAUGGCAUUCGGAGCACAGCGUUGGUUAGGAGUUUUGCAGAGACAAUGCGAGAGGGUCGCGAGCCUCAUGGCCAGAAACAUAUCAGAUCUUGGAGUGAUACCUUCGCCAGAAGCGCGAAAGAACUUGAUGAAGCUAGCCCAAAGAAUGAUAAAAACGUUUGGCCUUAACAUGAGUACCUCCGGUGGUCAAUCGUGGACAGCCAUAUCAGAUUCCCCUGAAGACACAGUUAGAAUCACAACUAGGAAAAUCACCGAACCUGGCCAACCUAAUGGUGUGAUUCUAAGUGCUGUCUCAACCACUUGGUUGCCCUAUUCUCAUACCAGGGUCUUUGAUCUCCUCAGGGACGAACGACACAGAUCUCAGAUGGAUGCUCUUUCCAAUGGGAACUCAUUGAAUGAAGUGGCUCAUAUUGCAAAUGGCUCACAUCCAGGAAACUGCAUUUCACUCCUUCGCAUAAAUGUAGCAAGCAACUCAUCCCAGAACGUAGAGCUAAUGCUGCAAGAGAGUUGCACGGACCAGUCUGGAAGCCUGGUAGUGUACACCACCAUUGAUGUGGAUUCCAUCCAGCUAGCCAUGAGUGGUGAGGACCCUUCUUGCAUUGCCCUUCUUCCCCAAGGCUUCAUGAUAGUGCCAAUGCUAUCAUCAUCCAACGUUGACACACCCAUCGAUGCUAACUCCUCAGAGCCUCCAUCUCUCAACUCAGGUUGCCUCCUAACCAUGGGGCUCCAAGUUCUCGCCAGCACAAUCCCUUCUGCAAAGCUCAACCUCUCAAGUGUCACGGCCAUCAACAACCACCUCUGCAACACCUUGCACCAAAUUGAAGCAGCUCUUUCUAGUAGCAAUGAGAAUGGCACCAAUUUCCUUUGUGCUGAACCCACCAUUAGUGCACCUCCAAAGCAGUGA